AUGGAUGUCCCUGGUUUCGCUCUUGUCACCGGUGCAGGAUCGGGUAUCGGAAGAGCCUGCGCGCUGACCCUCGCCCGCGACGGCGCUGCGGGUGUGGCUGUAUUAGAUGUGAACGAAGCUGCACUGCUAGAGACCAAAGCCAUGAUUGAUUCCCUGGAUUUGCGCAAUGGCCAACGGUGCCGAGUGGAGGUCUUCGCUCUCAGCGUCACCGACGAGGUGACCAUGGACGACACGGUCACCAAAGUGGCCACAGCAUUCGGUCGCAUAGAUUAUGCCGUCAACGCGGCGGGGAUCGCCAUGAAGCACCCCGGCGGUGCGGCAUUUGCACGCACGGAAGAUUGGCGGCGGGUCAUGGAGGUCAACGUCACAGGGACCUUCUUCGUGCUGCGCGCCGUGGCUCGAAUCAUGUUGAAACAGGAGCCAAUCAAGUCUAGCAUCGACGGUCGGCCGUUGCAGCGAGGGUCGAUUGUGAAUUUCUCGAGUAUCCAGGGUCUGGUGGGGAUCGAGCUAUCGACGGCGUAUACAACGAGCAAACAUGCCGUGUUGGGUCUCACGAGGACCGCGAGCGAUGAUUACGCCAAGCACGGUAUCAGAAUCAAUGCCAUCUGUCCUGGAUAUACAGAAACACCCAUGACGACGAAGGAUCCCGCGGUGAAGAAGGCAAUGGACGAGAGGGUGCACACCGCUGUUCCGAUGCAGAGGAUGGGCACACCCCAGGAAAUUGCAGACGGAGUGGUCUUUCUGUGCGGUGGACGCAGCUCCUUCGUCGCAGGCACCGCGCUAAGUGUGGACGGAGGAUAUACUUCUAGAUAG